AUGGGGGCUCCUGAGCCUCCCCCUGCCCAAGAAGAGCCUUCUACCCCACCUCCACCAGCUAAGGAAGAAAAGCCCCCUGAAACGAAGGAGGAGAAAGAGCAGCCAAAGAAAGGGGAGGAAAAGAAAGAAGAAGUGAAGACAGGGGAGGACAAAAAAGAAGAGGAGAAGAAAGAGGAAGUGAAGAAAGAAGAAGUGUCCAAGAAGGAAGAACCAACACCAGGACCAGCCCCAGCUGCUCCUGCCGGUGCUCCUGCCUCAGGACCAGCCCCAGCUGCUCCUGCCGGUGCUCCUGCCGGUGCUUCUGCCAACCCAGAUGGAGCUGAAGGUGAAGAGGCCCCCCCUCCCCCUCCUCCACCUGUUGUCUACAACCGGGAAGUAGAUGAUAUGCUCAGAAGUAUAAUCAAUAAGUUAAGAGAGCAGACAGCGGUUCUCAAGGACAAAUCCAUAGACCCGUAUGCCACUUCGCCAGAAAUCACCCCGCCCGUCACGCCUAUUCUAAAGAAGGAGGACUACCUCCGGAUGAAGGAAGAGGAGCGAAUAGCAAAAGAAGAGGCGGAUAAAAAGAAGGCGGAAGUGGACGCCAAAAAGGCAGAGGAGAAGAAGAUAAAGGACGAGGAGAAAAGGCUGGAUGCGGAGAAGAAAGCAGAGGAGGCGAGGCUGGAGGAGGAGGCCAAGAAGAAAGCAAAGUUCUUCACGAACAUCAUCGUCUCCUUCUUCGACACCCUCUUACAGCCAAUCGAGAACAAGAUGGAUGGCGUACUGGGACAGACCCUAGAUCCCUUAGAUCGUCGGUACAUUGCCUGGUUGUCCCUGGUAGGGUUGGCAUUCAACUACAACGUUUGGUUUUGCACGGCGCGGUUGGCCUUCCCUUACCAUAAUGAAACCAACAACCCCUACUGGAUAUUUUUCGACAUUCUGAGUGACGUAGUGAACGUUAUUGACAUCAUUAUUUGGCAGCCCCGACUGCAGUUUGUCAAAGCCGGGGACGUCGUUAAAAGCAGACCUAUGGCUAAGGUGCAUUAUCGGGAAUCACAAAAAUUGAAGAUUCAUAUCUUCAGCAUCAUCCCUUUUGACCUUCUAUGCCUGCACUUUAAAUUCUCCACCAUAUACCGAGUCAACCGCUUUAUCCGGAUUGAGUCCUUCUUUGAGUUUAGCGAUCGACUUGAGAGCAUCAUGGCCAAGGCCUACAUCUGGAGGGUGAUUCGCACCACAGGUUACCUGCUCUACGCCCUCCACCUCAACAGCUGUGCAUACUUCGUGGCCUCCGUGUACCAGGGUAUUAAAUCGACCACAUGGGUUUAUGAUGGAGAGGGCACUGCGUACCUGCGUUGUUACUACUUUGCAGUCCGCAGUCUCAUCAACAUCGGUGGUCUUCCAGAGCCUGUAACCACCUUUGAGAUAAGUUUUCAGAUGGCCAACUUUUUCAUUGGCGUCUUUGUGUUCUCUAGUUUGAUUGGACAGAUGAGAGACGUCAUAGGAGCAGCAACAGCAGGUAAAACAUAUUUCAGGGCAUCGAUGGAUGGCUGCGUUGACUACAUGAAUACCUACGGGAUUCCCAAAAGUGUCCAGAAUAGAGUCCGGACCUGGUACAACUACACCUGGGCAGCUCAGGGCAUGCUGGACGAGUCUGAGCUGCUGGAUAAGAUGCCUCUGGUGAUGAGAACUGCCAUCGCCGUGGACAUCAACCUGACCACCUUCCAGAAGAUCGCACUGUUUCAGGGCUGUGACCAGCAGAUGCUGGUGGACAUGUUGCUGAGGCUCAAGUCAAUUGUCUAUCUACCUGGAGACUUUGUCGUGAAGAAAGGCGACAUCGGCAAAGAGAUGUACGUCAUCAAAAGUGGAGCGGUGCAGGUGGUGGGAGGACCUGACAACAGCAUCGUGUUCGUCACACUGAAGGCCGGCUGCGUGUUCGGAGAAAUCAGUUUACUACAGUCGGCCAAAGAUGGAGGAAACAGGCGCACAGCUAAUGUGAAGGCGCAUGGCUUUGCUAACCUGUUUGUCCUGGAGAAGAAGGACUUGUUUGAUAUCCUCGUCCACUACCCAGAGUCUCAGAAAGUGUUGGCCAGAAAGGGAAGGAAACUUACCAAAUCCAAAGGCCCUCCACCUGCCAAAACCAAAGAGGAGAAGCAACCAGGUUUUGCAUUGCUUGGACAAAAAACAGAAACACCGAAACUAAUUCGACUUCUUACCAAUUUCCGCAAAUUGAAGCUUCUCUCUCAAGAAACAUGAUUCUGCUGAGCUCCACCUCUUCAAAUGUGUAUCAUUUUGUAUAUUUCACUCAUCGGCUACUGAAAGUCCCACAAGAAGACAGAAACGGGGCAGCUGUAAUUUGAAUUUAAUAUUAUUCACCUUGUAAAUGUUUGUGGAUUUCUUCAG